AGUAGACAUUAGGCGGCGGUAAUGCACAUUUCAGUUGGUUUGCUAACAUUUACUAAGAACAAAAGAAGAAGAUAACCGUAGAAGAAGAAAAACUGUUGUAGUAGUAGAUGUAGGUACUGCUAAUCUGCUCGUCUUUCUGCACAUUUACCUGUUAAUGAUUAUUUCAAGGUAACAGAGGCAGACAACAGAAGAAAUCAGCUGUUAAGCGACCUUUAAUAAUGAAGCUGAACAUCGAGGGUCUGUUAGUGUAUUUUCCUUAUGAUUACAUCUAUCCGGAGCAGUACUCCUACAUGUUGGAGCUGAAGAGGACAAUAGAUGCUAAGGGUCAUGGAGUCCUGGAGAUGCCUUCAGGAACAGGAAAGACCAUCUCUCUGCUGUCACUCAUUGUUGCCUACCAGAGGGCUUAUCCUUUGGAGGUAACCAAGUUAAUUUACUGCUCUAGAACGGUUCCUGAGAUAGAGAAGGUUGUGGAGGAGUUGAGGAAACUGAUGGAGUUUUAUACCAAAGAAACAGGGGAGGUCAACAACUUCCUGGCUCUGGCACUUUCCUCCAGGAAAAACCUGUGUAUCCACCCAGAGGUGAGCUCUCUUCGCUUUGGGAAGGAGGUGGAUGGGAAGUGCCACAGUCUGACGGCAUCAUACAUUCGUGCACAACGCCACACCAACCCAAACCAACCGGUCUGUCGCUUUUAUGAGGAAUUUGAUGCCGUGGGACGACAGGUGCCUCUUCCUGCUGGCAUCUACAACCUCGAUGACCUGAAGGAUUUUGGCAGGAGGAAAGGCUGGUGUCCGUACUAUCUGGCUCGCUAUUCAAUCCUGCAUGCCAACAUUGUUGUGUACAGCUACCACUACCUGCUGGACCCCAAGAUAGCUGAUCUGGUGUCCAAAGAGCUGGCCAAGAAAUCUGUGGUGGUGUUUGAUGAAGCCCAUAAUAUUGACAAUGUGUGCAUUGACUCCAUGAGUGUGAACAUAACUAGACGAACGCUGGAGCGCUGUCAGAACAACGUGGACACUCUCCAAAACACCAUACACAAGAUAAAGGAGACAGAUGCUGCUAAGCUGAGAGAAGAGUACAGACGAUUGGUGGAGGGGCUGAAGGAAGCCAACGUUGCCAGGGAGACAGACAUCUACCUGUCUAAUCCAGUGUUACCUGAUGAAAUUUUGCAAGAGGCGGUUCCAGGAUCUAUUCGCACUGCAGAGCACUUUGUUGGUUUCUUGAGACGUUUCCUGGAGUAUCUGAAGUCUCGUCUACGGGUCCAACAUGUGGUCCAGGAGAGCGCCCCGCAGUUCCUUAAAGACAUCUUUGAUAAAGUCUGCAUCGACCGCAAGCCCCUCAGGUUUUGUUCAGAGAGGUUGCAGUCACUGCUGCGAACUCUGGAGAUUGCAGACAUCGCAGACUUCUCAGCUGUCACGCUCAUCUCUAACUUUGCUACUCUUGUCAGCACCUACAGCCAAGGUUUCACAAUCAUCAUUGAGCCUUUUGAAGACAGAACUCCAACCAUCGCCAACCCUGUGCUGCACUUCAGCUGCAUGGACCCGUCUAUCGCCAUCAAACCUGUUUUUCAAAGGUUUCAGUCAGUCGUCAUCACAUCUGGUACUCUUUCCCCACUUGACAUCUAUCCCCGAAUCCUUGACUUUCGCCCCGUUACCAUGGCAUCCUUCACCAUGACACUUGCGCGGACCUGCCUUUGUCCUCUGAUUGUUGGAAGAGGGAACGACCAGGUGGCUCUGAGCUCUAAGUUUGAAACCAGAGAAGACUUUGCUGUGAUUCGUAACUAUGGCAACCUACUCUUGGAGAUGUCUGCGAUUGUUCCUGAUGGGAUUGUUGCAUUUUUCACCAGCUAUGUGUACAUGGAGAAUAUAGUGGCGUCCUGGUAUGAACAGGGAAUCCUGGAGAACAUCCAGAGAAACAAGCUGAUCUUCAUUGAGACUCAGGACGCAGCAGAGACGAGUAUGGCACUGGAGAAAUACCAGGAGGCGUGUGAAAAUGGCCGAGGAGCCAUCCUACUGUCUGUGGCCAGAGGAAAGGUGUCUGAAGGAAUUGAUUUUGUUCACCACUUUGGAAGAGCAGUCAUCAUGUUCGGAGUUCCUUAUGUUUACACACAGAGCCGCAUCCUAAAGGCUCGGCUGGAGUAUCUGAGGGAUCAGUUUCAGAUCAGAGAAAACGACUUCCUCACGUUCGAUGCCAUGCGCCACGCUGCUCAGUGUGUGGGCAGAGCCAUCAGAGGCAAGACCGACUACGGACUCAUGAUUUUUGCUGACAAGCGGUACGCUCGGGCAGACAAACGGGGGAAGCUUCCUCGCUGGAUUCAGGAGCACAUCAAUGACGGUAGUUUGAACCUCACUGUGGACGAAGCCGUUCAGCUCUCCAAACACUUUCUACGGCAGAUGGCUCAGCCUUUCAGACAGGAGGACCAGCUGGGUCUGUCUCUGUUGACUCUAGAGCAGCUGGAGUCAGAGGAAAUGUUGCAGAAAAUCACUCAGAUUGCUCAUCAGACGUAGAGAUGACGUACAGACCUGCACUGGUCCGCUUCAUCUGUGCUGUCGAACCAUGUUGGUCAAAAAGUAGUACCAGUUAUCCAGUGGUUUGUUAACCUGUUUUCAUGCAUUUUGCGACGUGUAUGUAUUCUACAUUACAUGUUACAGAAGAAACAGAAAUAUCUGCAUCAAUGCAAAACUUUUAUUAUAAGAAAAGCUGUAGUUGAGUACCUUUGUGGCCGAGCAUUUUCAGCUGUCAGUGGUUUGGGAGACAACAGAAUCAUCUUUCAGUCGGGGUUAGGGUUAACCCUAACCCCGAAAGAUGAAACUUGUUGAGCUGUUUUUAAAGUAUUCUGGUUUAUUUCCAGGAACACAGUGAUUCAGUGGAUCACUGUGUUCCAUCUGUGUUUUGGUCCAUAUGGUGUGUCUGUCAUACAGAAAAGACUACUGACGGCUUUUUCUACUGCAACUGUACAUAGUCACAUUUUAUACCAAACUAUUUCUGUACCUGCUUUCCAACCAGAAAGCUGGAAAAUAAAUGUUUGUAUUUAA